UCCCAGUCCCAGACGAAUAAAGAAGAGAUAUGGAGACCACUACUAGCCCAGUAGCAGUGUCCUAGAAGAGAAAGGGACCCGUACUGCAGCAGGUCCACGAGGAACAAUGGAGCAAGAGCAGGCUGAGCAGCAGCAGAUGUUGUUGCCGCAAGAAAGAAAGAAGAUGAGGGCGAUGGUGGCAGUAGAUGACAGCGAGGAGAGCUUCUACGCUCUCAAUUGGGUUCUGGAUAAAUUUUUCAGUAACAUCGUGAUGAGUACGCUACCAACUGGUACUGAAACACCUGAUCAUCAACACGACCAUCGAGUGGAGUCCAACCUCGUUUCCCUCGUCCAUGUCAUGGAUCGCUUGCCUCACUACGUCUUCCCGGGCGGAUACGUGGUCGAGUCUGCCACCAAAGCCCGGGAGCAAAAUGCUGCAAAAAUACUCUCGCAGGCAUCCCGUAUGUGCAAGGACAGAAAGGUCGCUGCAGAAACCCUCAUUCUUGAGGGAGAUCCCAAGGAAAUGAUUUGUGAGGCAGUAGAACGAAUGCACGUGGACGUUCUUGUUGUUGGCAGCCGCGGACUUGGUCAAAUCAAGAGGGCAUUCCUGGGAAGUGUUAGCGAUUACUGUGCUCACCAUGCCAAAUGUCCUGUUGUGAUUGUGAAGCUGCCCCACAAGUAGUAGUUGCAGCAAUACCUGGCAAUGUAUGUAUUUCCUUGAACAUGAAGAGUUCAAGGUACAGAUCCAUACUUCUGAUGUCCAGCCUGAUUGUUUGUUAAUAAUAAAAAAUCAUAGUUGUUAGUGCAAUAAAGCUACGUAUGUAUGGGAGCGCGAGAAAUGCAAUGUCGUACUAUCGAGUAUGUGGAGUUUGAAAAAUAUCCCAAGUGAAAUCCUGAGCAGUCAGCAGUACUAUUUACUUUA